UAUCGUGGAUUCCACUGUGUUUGUAUUUUCUGUUUCUAUCGUGAAUUCCACUGUGUAUACGGAAACGAAGUGGUUUAUUUAAAGGCGCAUUCUACACAUUGAUAAUAUAUUCUUGACUUCGAUGGAUUCUCAAAGUAAAAGAGGGAAACCCGGCUGCAACUAGUCAUUGGAAGUAAGCAUUAUUAUAUUGACGCAUAUAUAUAUUCAAGAGGAUUGUUUUAUCAGAACUCUAUCACAAUGGUCACUGUAUAUCUUGCUAUUGUGGGAGUCUUGGUUUGUGGUAUUGGGUAUUUCCUGUACACCCCCUUUCCUGAUUACAUGGACCGACCCUGGGAGCUGCAGAAAGUGUUUGCGCAGAUUAAGAUCGGUGCCAUCAUCGCGGCAAUUGCGCACACAGUUGGGUUCGGUGAAAAACUAGAUCUAAACAGAAAGUGGACUUACAAAUGGGCUUUACUGAGUGGUGUACCAUCCAACUAUCUCGAGAAAGUCAAGAUUACGGACACGACGUUUGACGGCGUCCCCGUAAGAAUAUACCGACCUCUCUCAGCAGCCCCAGACGCCACACUACCGGCCCUCGUCUAUUACCACGGUGGUGGGUGGGUCCUACUGGAUGUGGAAACCUACGACUCCCCAAUGGCCGAGAUUUGUCGACAGGCCAAUAUUGUGGUUAUUUCAGUGGAGUAA